UUUUAUUGAUCUGCUACCGAAGUCAAGAGGCAGCAGGCUCCACCCAUCAAGAUAUUUCAUGGUGACAUUUCCUGCAGUAAUCGAGUCUGGCUCUGAUGCUAAGUUCUGUGUGAGUCUUUUGAAGCCAAAUGAAACUCUGCAACUGAACAUUGAUCUGGUUCACAACAACCAGAACAGAACUCUUUUGCAAGAGACAGUGGAAAAGGAGAUUCACCACUGCUCUCAUUUUGAGGCUCCACAGGUUGAAGGUGAAUCAGUGCAGGAGAUCAAAGUAGAAGUCAAAGGUGAAAGCUUUAAGAUUACAGAGAAAAGGAAAGUGAUGUUUAAAUCCUACAACACAUUGGUAUUUAUUCAGACUGAUAAACCAAUCUACAAUCCAGGUCAAACAGUGAAUUUCAGAAUUGUCUCUAUGGAUUCUACUUUUAUUCCAAUUAAACAAAAGUACAGCUCAGUAAUUCUUGAGGAUAAUCAUGGUAACAGGAUUGGUCAGUGGACGAACGUGUCCUCAACAGGCCUGAUACUGCAGCUUUCUCAUGAGCUAAAUGCUGAAGCUCCACAAGGCUAUUAUUCAUUGACUGCUAAAAUUGAAAACAGGUUGAUCACACACCAACUUAAGGUGGAAAAGUAUGUUUUACCCAAGUUUGAGAUUACAAUAAAAGCACAAGAAAAACACAGCAUUGGUGAGGAGGAACUGAAUCUGGAGGUUUGCGGAAAAUACACUUAUGGACAACCAGUACCUGGUGCAGCACUGGUGCAAGUGUGUCGUAAAUUUAUACUGGUACAACCUUAUGGUCAUAAUGUUGGUGCCCCUUUGAUUUCACCAUGCCUGGCUGAAACAGUGAAGAUGAAUCAGACUGGUUGUGCCCUCCUUAAACUGAAUGUAUCAGCUUUCAUCAAUUCUGAAUUUGAAGGUAAUUUUGAGGACAAGCUUAAUGCUACUGUUACACUAACAGAGGAAGGAACAGAAUUGUCCAUUGUAAAAUCUGUAAUCAUAGAGCUCACUUACCAAAUUGGUCAAGUGGAACUUUUGGAUUUACCAAAACAUUUUGAACCGGAAAGAGUUAUAGAAGGAAAAAUUAAAGUUACAACCUUCAGUGGAACACCAGUUCCAAACAAGAAGGUUUAUCUUUUGGAAGGUUACUGGUCUAAGAAGAUACUACUCAAUCUCACUACAGGUAGUAAUGGAUUGGCAAACUUCUCAGUUGCUUCACCUGAACCUCCUACUCCAGAGAUAACAUUGACGGCAAGUGUCUAUCCAGACGGAAAUGACCAAAGAUACAAAACACCAUUCUUUGCAAAUGUUGAUGCACGUAUACAGCUGCUCCAACCUGCCACACCUUACAAUCCAGUAUUCAGUGAACUGUCAAUUGAGAGCUCAGAGGAACUGUUUAAGUGUGGUACUGAAAUUCCCAUAACUGUUAAUUAUUAUAUUGUCGGGGAAACUACUGAAAAAUACAGCAUUGACAUUAUAUACACGGUCUUAUCUAAAGGAGCCAUAGUCCAUCAUGGGCAUAAAAAAGUUGAAGUGGAAGACUCUACAGAUGUCAGAAAAGGCAAAAUCUCAUUCAAACUGUCUGUUUUUGCUGAGCUGGCUCCUGUACUGCAGGUUCUGGCAUACUCUGUCCUGCCCAGUGAGAACGUCAUUGCUGCUAGCAAGAAUUUUGAUGUGGAAAAAUGUUUCAGAAAUAAGGUUUUGCUACAGUUCUCUCCCUCUAAAGCAGUUCCUGGUGAGAAGAACACUGUUGAGCUCACGGCUCAUCCUGGUUCACUGUGUGGCCUCAGUAUUGUGGAUCAGAGUGUGUUCAUCUUGGAGUCUGGAGCACGCCUAAACACUGACAAGAUAUUUAAUUUGUUGCCGGUGACAACGGUAUCGGAUUACCCCUAUAGCGUCGAAGAUAAUCUGGAGUGCUUGUAUGUUAGCCCUCGACGGGAUGACCCGAUUGACCAUGCUUAUGAUACAUUAAAGAGAGUGGGGCUCAAGAUGGCAACAAAUCUGGCUGUGAGAGAACCUCGGUGUCUGACAGAUAAAGGCAUGCAAUAUCAUGAAUCAUAUAUCUUUUAUGGUACAUCCAGGCCUUUUUUCAACUCUCUCUAUAUAAAUUAUUGUUCAAUAAAUACCUUUGUUGGAAAUUAUCUAGAUGAUGAACCCAUUGAGACAGUUCGUAAAUUCUUUCCGGAGACUUGGAUAUGGCAACUAUCUGAAGUUGGGAACUCUGGAUCAGCACAUCUUCCUGUCACUGUUCCUGACACCAUCACCACUUGGGAGACAGAGGCUUUCUGUGUUUCCUCUGUGGGUCUGGGACUGGCUCCUCCUGUUCAGCUCACAGUAUUUCAGCCCUUCUUCCUGGAGCUCUCAUUGCCCUACUCCAUUAUUCGGGGAGAGGUUUUUGAGCUGAAGGCCACUGUCUUCAAUUAUCUUUCCAAAUGCAUUAUGGUUAAAGUGACUCCGGCCCCCUCCUCAGACUACACUCUGAAGCCCUCUUCUGAUGGCAAGUAUACAUCCUGCCUGUGUGCAAACGGCAGAAAGACCUUCAAAUGGACUCUGAUUCCCACUGUGCUUGGAGUCUUGAAUGUGACAGUGAGUGCAGAGGCAGAACAAUCCCAGACUGCGUGUGACAAUGAAAUCGUGAGUGUCCCAGAGAGAGGCCGUAUUGAUACAGUUACACGGAGUCUGAUUGUACAGGCUGAAGGAACUGAGAAGACAAAGAGCCAGAGCUGGUUAUUAUGUCCACAGGGCAACAGUGUUUCAGAGGAGCCGGAGCUGAUUCUUCCUGAUGAUGUAAUAGAGGGAUCAGCGCGAGCUUCUGUUUCAGUAAUUGGAGACAUACUUGGGCGUGCAUUAAAAAAUCUGGAUGGGUUGCUUCAGAUGCCAUAUGGCUGUGGAGAACAAAACAUUGCUCUCCUUGCUCCCAAUAUCUACAUUCUUCAGUAUCUAGAGAACACUGAGCAGCUCACCACAGCUAUCCGUGAGAGGGCUACUGGCUUCCUUAAGAGUGGAUACCAGAGGCAACUUAACUAUAAACAUUUGAGUGGUGCAUACAGUACAUUUGGCAGGGGAGAGGGGAACACAUGGUUAACUGCUUUUGUUUUGAGGACAUUUGGCAAAGCACAACGUUACAUCUUUAUUGAUCCAGAAAGCAUUAAUAGUGCAAAGCAAUGGCUUAUAAGUAAGCAGAGACCAGAUGGCUGUUUUAUACGACAAGGGCAUCUCUUCAAUAACAGAAUGAAGGGUGGCGUAAAUGAUGAUGUGACUAUUACUGCCUACAUCAUUGCAUCAUUGCUUGAAUUGGGUACUACUGUCCAGGAUCCUGUUGUAACUAAUGGACUGUUGUGCCUCAAGUCUUCUAUUGGUAACCUGACAAACACCUACACUACUGCACUGUUGGCCUACACUUUCAGUCUGGCUGGAGAGAAUAAAACUCGGGAGCAGCUACUAAAACAGUUGGAUAGUGUUGCCAUUUCAGGAGAUGGUCGUCUUCAUUGGUCUCAGUCAGCAUCAGAUGACUCCGGCGCAUUGUCAGUGGAAAUCAGCUCCUACGUUCUUCUAGCUGUUCUCACUGAAGGUCAGCUCACUGCUGCUGAUUUGGGUUAUGCUAAUAGGAUAAUCAGCUGGCUGGUGAAACAGCAAAAUCCUUAUGGAGGCUUUUCCUCCACCCAGGACACAGUUGUGGCCCUCCAAGCUCUGGCGCUGUACUCCUCUAAAGUGUUCAGCUCAGAUGGCUCUAGUACAGUAACUGUAAAGUCAGCAGAUGGACACAGUUACAACUUUGAUGUGAACCAGAACAACAAGUUACUGUACCAAGAAAGAUCAUUGCAGAAUGUUCCUGGAAAAUACAGCAUUGAUGUGAAGGGCUCAACCUGUGUGUCAGUACAGAUAGCACUUUUCUACAACGUCCCCGUACCUAAGGAAUCCAGUACACUGAGCAUCACAGCGAAGACUGAAGGAAACUGCACAAAAUCAUUUGGACAAACUUUGUCCAUCAAGUUCACUAUUGGAUAUACUGGGUCAUUUAACAGCACUAACAUGAUCAUAGUGGACAUAAAACUCUUAUCAGGGUUCACAGCAGAUCCUGGUGAAGUAAGCAGUAGUAGUCUGAAAAAUACCAUUUUUGUGGAACGGGUUGAUUCUAAAGAUGACCAUAUUAUCACAUACAUUAAUGAGCUCCCAAAGAAUAUUCCUAUCAACUAUGAGCUGCACAUUAAACAGGUGCUUCCUGUCAAGAAUCUCCAGCCAGCGGUGAUCAAAGUUUAUGAUUACUACCAAACAAGUGACUAUUCGGAGGUGGAGUACACCUCCCCGUGUGUGUAG